AUGCUAAGCUUUCCAUCUUCACAUGAAAUUUCAUUUUGCCCCCAAACUACAAUGGCAUAUGAAGAUCUCAUAUUACAUACCCACUCAAUCAAGUGUAACAAAAUUGAUAACCUUUAUUGUUUCUUCCUUAUUUCACCAAAUGACAAGCCUAAUAUUUCUUCCUUCAUAUUCAAGCCUAAUAUAUCUUCCUUACUCUUCUUUCAUAUUAUUUUUUUCCUUUUCUUGUAUAGUGGUGAUCGCAAGAGUGCUGAGAAAAUUAGAAAAAAAAAAUGUCCAAAAAGUAUUUGCUUUAAGAUGGAUGUAGGGUAA